AUGCCGGGGACCACCGACCGGAAGCGGCCACGCCCCCGCCGGGGCCACGCCCAGCGCGGCCACGCCCACCCCGCGCGCGCCGCCGCCGCGGGGGGCUCCUUUGUGUCCCGCAGCGCCCCCCGCGUGGUGGCCACGCCCACUUACCGCCCAUCGCGGGACACACCCAGUUUAGACCACGCCCCCGUUCCGGUUCCACCCCCCCCGUUGCGGCCACGCCCCUCGGACACACCUGGACCACGCCCCUCCUGGGCCCCGCCCCCGUCCCGUCCAGCAGAUGGCGGCGCCGCUCCCGGAGCCGGGUCCGGUCCCGGUCCCGGGUUCUGCCCCCGGUUCUGCCCCCGGUUCUGCCCCCGGUUCUGCCCCGGGCCCGGGGCCGGUGCGGGUCCGGUCCCGUCCGCGCUCCCGCUGGAGCCGCCGCGCGUGCCCGAGCUGCUCGUGCGGGGCAGCAAAUUCAUCCGCUGGGAGGAGGAGCCCCCCAGCCACACCCCGGUGACGCUGAGGGUCGACCCCGACGGAUUCUUCCUCUACUGGACGGGGCCCAGCGCGGAGGUGGAGCUCCUGGACCUCUGCAGUGUCCGGGACACCCGCAACCGGGCGCUUCGCCCCGCGCCCCCAAGGACCCCCGCACCAGGGACGCCCUGGGGUUGGGGUGCCCGGGGGUCCCCCUCCCCAGCACCUCCUGACCGUGGUGCACGGCCCCGACCUCGUCAGCCUCGGCUUCCUCACCCUGGUGGCCGUGCAGGACGGGGAGGCCAAGGUGUGGGCAGAGGAAGCUGUUCCGGCUGGCCCACGAACAUCCUGGCCCGGAACCCGUCCCGGAACACGCUGCUCCGGAAGGCGCACACCAAGCUGACGCUGCAGCUGAACCCGGACGGGCGGAUCCCGGUCAAGAACAUCCUGAGGAUGUUCUCGGCCGACAAGAAGCGGGCGGAGGCGGCGCUGGAGUCCUGCGGGCUGGGCUGCCACAGGGGCGCCGCCAUCCCCCCGGAGCUGUUCCCCUUCGAGACCUUCUGGAGGUUUCUGAGCAAACUCUGCCUGAGGCCGGAGCUGGACAAGAUCCUGCUGGAGAUGUGAGAGCCCGAGAGCCCAAAACGCCCAGAAA